GCCGUCGGGGUUUACCGUGGCGGCGAUGGGCGGCGUGCGGGGCGCCGCGCUGCGGGCGCUGGUGUCGGUGGCCGCCGGGCUGGUGGCGUGCGGCGGGGGGAGCGAGUACGACUAUGUCAGCUACCAGUCCGACCUGGGCCCCUACCCCGGCGGGCGGUUCUAUGCCAAGCCCCACCAGUGCGUGGCCAUCCCCGCAGACCUGCGGCUGUGCCACAGCGUGGGCUACGAUAAGAUGGUGCUGCCCAACCUGCUGGACCACGAGACCAUGGCCGAGGUGAAGCAUCAGGCGAGCAGCUGGGUGCCGCUGCUCAAUAAGAACUGCCACAUGGGCACCCAGGUCUUCCUCUGCUCCCUUUUUGCCCCCGUCUGCCUGGACCGGCCGGUGUACCCGUGCCGCUGGCUCUGCGAGGCCGUGCGUGACUCCUGCGAGCCCGUCAUGCAGUUCUUUGGCUUCUUCUGGCCCGAGAUGCUCAAGUGUGACCAGUUCCCCCAGGAUGAUGUCUGCAUUGCCAUGACAGCCCCCAAUGCCACCGAGGUCUCCAGGCCCAAAGGAACGACCGUGUGUCCCCCUUGUGACAACGAGAUGAAGUCGGAGGCCAUCGUGGAGCAUCUGUGUGCCAGCGAGUUCGCUCUGAAGAUGACCAUAAAGGAAGUGAAGAAGGAGAACGGGGACAAGAUGAUCGUCCCGCGCAAGAGGAAGGCGCUGAAGCUGGGCCCCAUCCGGAAGAAGAACCUGAAGAAGCUGGUGCUGUACCUGAAGAACGGGGCUGACUGUCCCUGCCAUCAACUGGACAACCUCGGCCACUACUUCCUCAUCAUGGGCCGCCAGGUGAAGACCCAGUACCUGCUGACGGCCAUCUACAAGUGGGACAAGAAGAACAAGGAGUUCAAGAAGUUCAUGAAGAAGAUGAAGUCUCCCGAUUGCCCGACGUUUCCGUCUGUCUUCAAGUGAUGGGCAAUGGGGGAGCCGCUGCCUGGACCUGGCCGAGCCCUCCUGCUCCCUCCUUAUGCUCCUUGGAGCUUCCCUUGCUGACCCCAGGCUCCCACCUCCGUGAGCGUGACGUGCACCAGGCGCGGUUCACGCCUGCAGCAUCCAGCAUCCUGCUGCUGUGCGGAUGCGUCCGUUCGUUUAAGCAGCAGCUACCAGGUAAAGAGGGCAAGCAGAGCGGGGCCAGGUUAUGUCAGGAGGUGACACGCUUGCAGAAAGGACCCUCGUGACUGUCUUUGUGGCUGCAGGACCGCCCUAAAGUAACUCCUGUUCGAACCGGAGCCUCCCGAUUAUCCUCACGAUUAAAGUUAAUAGUGGACAACCUGUUACGACCUCUGAUAAAACCUCCUCGUAGCUAAUUGUCCUCACUGUAAAAAAGCCCCAUUGUAGUCUAAACCUGCUUAGUUUAAGCCUUAACCCUGGGGUCCUUGUGAUGCCUUGAUAGAGCUGGACUGGGGAGCCCCCCACCCCGACGAGCAUCUCUUGUGAUGUGCCUGUGCUGGCCUCCGCACCCGGCCGAGCCUGGCACC